CUUCUCUUAAUAGACGGUGUUUAUUUACUAACUUUUAACAAAUACGGAAUUGGGAAGUUCAGGGUUUUAUUUCUAAUCACGUUAAGAAUAUGCUGUCUCCAUUUCAAAAAGAAAAGUUGGAAUUUUACUUCAGAUUCUUCGAUACAAAGGGAAAUAACUUUUUGGAAUAUAACAAUCUCGGAGAAUUUGAAGAGAAGAUAUUAAAAUUUACAAAAUGGUCGUCAUCAUCAACUGCAGCUCAGGAAUUUGAAGAAGUUCAUGAGACAUUCUAUGAAGUAUUGAAAGAAAAAGCUGGAGAAUAUUAUGAUGAUAAGGUAACCUUGUCUGAAUGGUUGGCAUUAUGGGAAGCCAUCAUACCAGGUUGUAUGAGUAUGGUGAAUUGUCCAAUAUGGCUCCGACUUCUCCCACGAUCUCUCUUCAGAAUCAUUGACAGAAAAGAAGAUAAUAUAAUAGAUGAAGAAGAAUUGCGUGACUUCUACAUAGAGCUCGUCAAUUUACAACCAGAAGAGGCCAAGAAAAUAGCGAAGAAAGGUUACGAAGAAAUGACAGAUUAUGGACGAUAUCCACUAAACUUAGAAGGAUAUGAACAGAUCUUUUCCAAUUUCUUGUUUGGGAGAACACCAUAUGGCCCAGGAAGAUAUAUCUUUGGUUGUUUCGAACAUAGAGUGGAGAGCACCAAAUUCAAGCUUAUUCAAAAUGCACCAGACAUUGAGGAAAAGAUAAAGCAAAGACAAGACAGUGGCAGAGCAGGGAUGGGACAUACAGGAACCCGACGACCAAGCUUAACCAAGAAAAAAUCUUAAAAAUGAUAUUGGAGCAUUGGAAUUUGUAUUUCUAUGGUUUCAGGGUUAACAGAAAUGUUAUGAUAUUUUUGAGAGCACCUGGCAUUAGGGUCAACAUGUUUUAUUUCUACAAUACCUAUCUUGAUUGAUGAUAUUAUAUAACUAAUCCUGUAAUAUUUGAACCAGGUGAUUAAUACAGGUGUCAUGACUAGAGAUUUUAUAAAUUGUGAAAUUGUUUGGAAAAUAACGAGUAUGUUUAAAUUCAGUACGUUUUUUUUAGAAGGGACCUAUCUUAUUGAAAUAUUAUCUUUAGAAAGAUCCUUGAUUCAGGAUUUGACUUUUAUAAGGUCUUUGGUAUAACUUAGAUUUUUAAGGUCCACUAUAUAAAGACCAAAACGUCAGCACAAUACUCAAUAAUACAUCAGGGGUUAAUCAGAGUUCCAGAAAUCUUUUUUAUUCCCUGGCAUGGUCCUUGAAAAAAUCUGCCGGUCUUCACUAUUAUUUCAAUUUCAAAAUACCAAAAUUGUGUUGGUCUUUUGCAAAAUUUUUGGGACAAAAACUUUGGACCACCACUUUUCAAGAACUCUGGGGUUUCAUUUUUAUGUCUCUCCUUCGAUGAUAAACCAUAUGUAUUAAAAAUUGUCAUAGAAAGUCCUUCGAAUUGUACCAUAACUUUUGUUUUGGGAAUGGUGUGGGAUCAUGUCUGUCCCACUCGUAUCAUUUUUAUUGAACUAAAUAUAUUGAAAACAGUUGAGGUUCCUACCCAUUAACCAUAUAUAUUUUUAUAUUCUUAUUUUUCAUUCUAAUGAAUUUCCAUUAGAAUUUCCAUUCUAAUGCAACAUCUUUUUUAUCGUUCAAUUUGAUUGGAUAACAUCACCAAUUUUCAUGGCAUUAAUUCACAACAAUUGAUGCUAUGAAAACAUACGCGCAAGCGUAGACGACGUAUGACAAAUUUUGAAUAUAGUGUUUUGACGUUGUUUUCUGUCAGUUUCAUUAGAAUGCUAACGCGUCGCCAGUAAACUUAAUUUGCGAUAAUCACCAAUCGAUGCCGUCGGAGCUUAAAAUACAAUAAAGUUAUCUCCUAAUUACUAGAAUGCCUUUUCUUUUCUAAAGAUAAAUAUAUGUUUUAUAUAUUUUCUUUAAAGAUGAAGAGUAGGAGUUUAUUGAAGUCCACUAAAACAGUUUUAGUAAGAUUAAACUUCUCUGUGCACUGUUUUAUUCCGAUUUGCUGGAUGGAGUUUACAGAAUAAAGAUUAAUGGGGAUAAAAAUAUAAAGAAGAGAGAAAAAUGUACCGGAAAGAUAAUGAUUACAGAAUAAUUGGGUGCUGAAAUAUAAAGAAUAGAAAAAUGGCCUUCAAAGACCCCCACCCAAAUCCAAUUUUUCUAUCAGUUUUUAAAAACUAAUACUUAUAUAGCUUGACAGUACAUUUCCAAAUUAAUUAUGGAUAAAAGAAAGUCGUCACAAAACAUAUUCAAUGUAUCUAUGUUAAAUUGCAAGCAAUUUAAGUCCGAUAAUGAAUUUUCAAUGAUAUAUUUUUACUGCUUUUGACCUACAAUAGAUAUCUGGUUGCCUUUUGAAGGAUCUAUGGUGAGAUUAUGCAUUGAAUCAUUACAAAUUUAAUUAAAUAGAAUAGAGAAACAAAGGAUAUGGGGUAUCCAUCCAUGACACAAAAUCAGUACAUGCACAGCAAAAAAAAAAAAACAAACACAGGAAGCAAAGGAACAGCGCUUUUAUUGCUCUUCUACAUCUCAAAGUCACAGUGAGUCCUUCAGCAGUUUUAUUGUAUUGUUAUCAUCAGGAAUGCUCAUUUGUUUUAUUCAAUUAUUCAAAUUUUUUUUCAAAAUGUGAAUAUCUGAAUUUGAAACAAAAUACAAGUAAUACCAUUGUUAGGGCAACACUUGGAUCUAUAGAAAUGACUUUUGUGUACUUAGUGAUUACAGUUUUACACUACCUCAAGAAAAUAAUCUCUUGUGAUGCAGUAUUUGGGACUAUUACUGAUUUUUUAUUUUUUGGUCCAGCUGUAUCUAUGUACACAAAUUUCGAGUUCUGUAAUUUUGCUCAGAGUGACCUAAUUUUUGUGCUGAUAGACUUAAUGACAUUUGCAAAACCAUUUUUUUUUAUCUGUGACGUAAAAUUUUGUCUAUCAUGACACCUAAACUUAUGCAGGAACAUUUUAUUUGAAAUGCAACCGAACUCGAGAUUGGUGUAUUUUCUGAAGUUACAUUUUAAAACUUUUUCAAUAUAUUUUUGUUUGUUUUUGAUAUAUAUCUAUAUAUAUGCAUAUAAACGUUACAUUAUAUUAUUUGUAUAUUAACCUUUCCUAAGAUUUAGUUUCACAAGACGACUCCAAAACUAUAACAUAUAACAGUUUAUACUCUUAGCUUGGAAAUAUUUUUGAUAUUCAGUAAUGCCAGUGGCUGAUCCAUUAAAGGACGUACGUCCCCCUUUAUUUGAAAAAAAAUCUGAUUUGUAUAAAAUCGGACCCAAAAACAUUUUGACUCGCUCUGCUCUGCUUUAUCAGAGUAUUACGUUUUCUGGAAUUGCACCCCAAACUUUAAAAAAAUCUAGGAUCCGUCCCUGAACUCAGAAAAAGGUAAAGUAAGUAUUCAACAGAAAGUAAUUUUGAUCACAAGGGUUAAUAUAUUUGAAUCAAAAGAUGUUACAAACUGCAUAAAUAUAUCGUUGAAAGUUGGAAUUGGAAAAUAAGUUUUGGGAAAGGACCACUCAUUUUGUUUAGCAUUUACAAUCGUUUUAUUUUUGACAAACCACAAUUUGUGUCUGUUAUAUAUACGAUUAUUAAAUUAGUUACUUAUCAGUG